CGCACGCACCGUUCGUCUACGUGCAUCUCGCGAUAAUGUCUGCUAAAACCUUGUCUGGUAUGACAUACAUUCCAACGGCGCCAGUUGCAGUGGGAAUGAAAACACGUAGUUCCAUUGGGUUUCUGGAGGUCAGCGAGUGAUAUUCUGGUGACACGCGUCCCCUGUGGAUCACCAACACAAUCUGGUGCUCGAUCUGGGUAUGUUCGGACUGACAGCAUUUCGCAGGUUGUUGAGGUAAAUCGCUCUAUCGACGUGAGCAUCAUGAUCAUGGUCUGUGCUGCUCUAAAAUAAACCCAGGCUGCAUGGUGUAUGUAUGGUGAACGAUGUUCGACUUGCUGAGACUGCCUCCAGCUACUGUAUCUGCCAUUUAUCGGUGGGCCUCGCGAAAUAUCACCUGUUGGGAGCUGUCAUAACAGAGGACCUCCCUGAGGUGCAUCUACACCGCGGUGGGUCAACCCAGCGUUCGUAUGUGCCAUCCCUCGAUCUUUCACUGUUUCAGGACCCUUUCAUUUGCUGCUCACUGCGGCCUGCUGAGCUCAUGAAUGUGCUCACAUGAUUCGGGUACCAGUGUCUACGUCUCGUUGCUAGCUGCUAACAGAAGCGGGAUUAAAGAGCCUUCCCCGUUUUUGCUUUCCAAUCGGCGUGCAAGCUGCGCGGUUACGCUGCACCUGGCCUGGGCCGCGCUGCACUACGCAGGAAACUAGUAGUAGUAGGUGGUGAACAGCGUGGGGGACUCGUUGCCCAUGUCACUGUCAGCACAGUGACCGUGUACGGUAGUAAAAAUACGCUCGACGUUUUUGAUCUGGGAGGUUUGGUCAAGGUAAUGAGUACUUCCUGAGCGCCGGCCUGCCAGAACAGGAUCAUCCUGACCCCCCAGCGAGUAGAAUUUGGUCACGCAUAAUAUAGCCCACCACUGCCAUUAUCGCAGCCAGGCCUUGCAGCAAUGGACGUUACUAUCCUAGCAAAACUGUAGCAUCGUGUACCGCGCGUAACACUAACAGGCCGAGAAUAUCUUUCAAGUUUUGCCGUACCCUAUCUCAAACAUCCCGUGACGAUACUUGGCAUUCGCUGGUCCACUCAGCGCGUCAACAUUCCAAUUUUUUGCUGUUCUCCUCCCGACCCUGAUAAUAAUAAUCGUGUCCUGUGUGGAUCUCCGUGUGACUCCCAGUGGAAGGUUUCGGCUUAUCCGAUAACGAUCACUGCUUGAAGAGGAGCAGCACUUCACACGUUGCGGCGUCAGAGUUGAGAUUGUAAUCCCUAGCCCCGAUAGCAACAUGAGUGAACUGUCGAGGUAGCUGGUUUACUGAUAUUUUCACUGUUACGCGGCGAUCAAGCUAGCACCACGGGUUGCCGUAGAAAGCACGACAGGCAAUACCUUGCAACCGUCUAGAGCCAGAGGUGUGAGGCUCUGGCUGUCUACAAGCAGCCUCGCGCUAUCUGGGUGCUAGGGUUUGAAGCCCUGUGGCCGUCGUGUGUGUAGAUCGACAUCAGAGCUCAGACGGAUUACAGGUGAAAUGCGCGUCAACUGAUAGGUUGUGUGUGCCUUUCAGUGGCAAUCGAUCUCCAGUAGACAAUCGACAUCUUGCUGCACUACAUCACAGGCCAUUGCGGUGUGGACAACUUCGUAAAGUUUCGCCACGGGCUGCGCACGUAGAGUUUCUGGCAUUUCGUCUCGGAGAGGAACAGAACCAGCUGCGUCGUUGUAUUGUUGUUGAUAGGCGAGCAAUCCGGUGCUGUUGUCCGGACGCGAGACCUCAAUUUCACGUCUUGUCACACACUCUUUGAACAACAUUUUUGGAUGUUGUAUUCGCUCAAUGCCAAUCAAUGAGAUUUCAGCUCUUGUCUGCUUGGUCGAGUUCGCAUUGUUCUCCGAAAUCCUAGCAUUGUCCUCCACAAAGCUCUUCUGUCGGCUUGCUGUGACCCUGUGUUUCCACCGUUUUAGUACGGGUCUAGCUACCUAGGAGAACUGCAGUUGACGUACGAGAUAAAAGAACACCGAGCAGCUCAUUUGCCACGGCACGGGAUUCUGAGCCAGAAGGUGAGACGAACUGUUUCGUUUAUUCCAGUGUAGCAUUCGCACGGAGAAUGUAGGUGGUUUCUGAAGCCUGCUGUGAAGUAUUCCCUAGCCCAUCAGCUAUUCUCUGCGGAAGUAGAAUGCCCAGAUCUUCGUGAACAAUGUUCUCCGGACGGUGCCAAGUUCUGGCUCGUAAGGUGUUUACCCGUGCUCGUCUGCGCGUCGGUUCGGCCUUGCGCGCAGCUCACCGAUGGAUGGACGGUGCGUUCUACCAGCUCGGCUGCUUCGCCUCUGACCAUUCUCUUCUGGUCCUGAGCGUGUCGUUCAUUGUGGCUCUGGCGCUGUCCACCGGGUUGCUGAAGCUCAAACCCGAGGAUCGCUACGACAAACUCUGGGCAACACCAGGAAGCGAAGUGGACUCGGCCAACGCGGCGUUCGCGAAAUACUUCUCGACUCCAUCCCAACCGGCACAAGUGAUUGUGACCAGUGCACAUCAUGGCGUACAUGCGACAGCAGAACAUGAUAGAGACAACGUGUUGAAUGAAGCUAUCCUACUGGAAACUCUACGCCUGCAUGAAACGGUUCUCUUAGUUCUGGGUGAUGGUCUGAGAGGGGCCUGUCAACCUGUGGAUAAUUUUCUCGCAUCUGCUCAAGAAGCGAGUCGACAAGAGUACCUGAAGGUUCAUUCUCUGGACGUCAGUGAUUGCCCAAACGUAAAUGGAGUUCUCAGCGCCUUUGGGUACAACAGCGAAACCAUUCGUCGAAAUGCUAACAACAUCAGUGGAACUAUUCUGCAAUACUUCUCGCCUAGCGUCAGGCCUCGUCAUCCAGCUGCACUGUACGUGGGCAAUGUCCAAGUACCUGCAGAUGACCUUCUCCGGACAUCACCAGCCUUUCGCCUCGUGUACACGGUGGACGCAAAGUUCGUCGAAGAUUUCGCUCUGGACAAACUAUUCGUGGACACGGUGGAAGAGUUCAGCUCCAAUUCGGUGCUGAUAUCGGCAAAAGCUCUAGGACCGGCAUCUCUGGAUCGCGAAACGGAGCGAUCGUUGUCAUCAGAUUUCUGGCUGGUUGGUAUUAGUGGCUCUGUACUGGUGCUGUUCAGUGUAUUGAAUGCAGGAAACAUGAUUUGCUGUGAUCCGCUGCGUUCCAGAACUCUUGUAGCACUGUGUGGAAUGCUGAAUGUGGCCCUUGCACUGGGUGCAAGUAUAGGUCUGGUGACCUACUGUGGUGUUAUGUUCAGCGCCAUACAGGUGGCCAUGAUUUGCGUCAUCUUGGCGAUUGGCGUGGACGACAUGUUUGUACUGUGUGAUGCACUCGCAAGGCAGGAUCCCAGACUACCAAGACGGGAGCGUGUCGGUGGUGCUCUACGCCAGGUGGGCGCCUCUAUAGCCAUGACGUCCACAACGGAUGCCAUUACGUUCGCGCUGGUCGCUAUCAAUGCCGUGCCCGGCGUGGAAGCGUUUGCCAUCAACGCCACGGUGGCCGUGAUCGUUGACUUUGUGUUACAGGUGACGUUCUUCGUCGCCUGUCUUGCACUGGACGAGCAACGCGUAGAUUCCGGCCGUGCGGAGAUUCUGUGUUGCAUUAUGGUCGACCGCAAUGCGGAGAGCACUGCUGCUGCCAUGAAGCUAGGCCACAGCUCUGUAGCAAGCAGCGAGUGCAGCAAUGAUAGCGAAUCCAGUCCCACUAAUCACACAACUAGUGCUAGCACACCUGCGAACGCCCAAGCCGGCAAUGGCGUGUCCAAGCCCAAGUCAAGCAGCUCUUCAAUGCAGCCGUUCUUGGCUCCACAUUGCGUGGCCGUGCAAGAGAGUGUGUUCAUCUCUCCGGCGCGAACACCACCUUCAUCGUGCAGGCGCCGCCCGGGUGAGAAGUACCUGACGUAUGUUUUCCGCGAGAAAUAUGGGCCGUUCGUUGUGCGGUCGCGUCUUCUGAAAGUCCUGGUCGUGGUGCUGCUUGUUGUCCUGUGCGGUGUCUCCGUGUAUGGGCUGACAAGAGUGAGCAGUGAACUCAAGCUCAGUGAUACCCUCGUAGAUAGUAGCUUUGUUCUGCAGUAUCAACAGCUGGAGACCAUGCACUUUUCAAGUGUUUCCGUACAGGUUGAAAUGGUCAUUCUUCCCAAGGACAGCGCAGCAGAGAGCACACAACUACACUUGAGAUCACUCAGCAGCAGCCUGGAGUCGUCGCCAUCGUUUCACCCGUACGUCGUCUCCUGGUUUGAUGAGCUGUGCCAGUAUGCCACGGCAUGCAAUCAGACAUUACCCAACGGUUUGCUGCCACAUGAUGAGUUCUCAAUGCUGCUCCACGGCUUCUUCAACACGAGUCUUGGAAGGAGAUUCCGACACGAUGUCGUUCUAGGCAGUACCGCUGGCAAAACUAUUGUCGAAGCAGCACGCAUCACGGCAUGGCAGCGCUCCUCGCCAAGCACACACGUGCUCUUACAGAGGAUGGCAUUGUCACAAGACAUUGCGUCUCAGUCGUCCGCGGAUCUGACCGUGCACGCGUACAGCUACGUGUACCGAUUCCUGCAUCAAGUACAGCUCGUGAAGAGCUCCGGAUAUCAGACCGUGCUCCUGUCACUCGUUGUUGUUAUGAUCAUCAGCUGGUUCUUCUUCGAGGGCAGCCUGGUCGGUGCUCUGCUCUGCACACUCCUGAUCGCCAUCGUCAAUUUCAACUUGUUCGGCCUCAUGCCGUUCCUGGGCUUGGAGUACAACCACGCCUCGCACACCGUCCUGGUCAUCGGCAUCGGCUUUAGUGUGGACUACGUGGCACAUCUCGUCCUGGCCUUCGCUAAAGCUAAAGGCAAUCCAGACGAACGGGUGGUGAUUGCACUGACGCAGAUGGGUUCGUCCAUCUUCAGUGGCUCCCUAACUACAUUCCUGGGCCUCAUCGCGCUGGUGUUUGGCAGUGUGGAGAUCUCUCGCAUAUUUGCCAAGUUGAUUUGCUUGCUGAUAUCGCUGUCCGCUUUCUACGGCCUUGUGCUCUCUCCUAUCGUUCUGUUGUACAUUGGGCGAAAGUGGAAACCGAUAACGCCACGAGAACAAGAAGAGGGAGAGGUUGCUAGACCGGCGACUGCUGAGACGCGUGCAACCAGUGAUAUCCUUCCAGUCUUCUAUCAGGUGGGAGACAGAGGUGAAGCGACGAAUGCUUCACUCCCACAGCUGCAUCCAGAUCCGCUGAAGCCCCCUGUCGCUGUCACAGAGAAUGGCUCUAAGGCGCCGCUAUCGAUAUCCCUGACAACCCUGACGUCUAGUCCAGCCAAGCACAAAGCAAAUCGUCCGAAAAAGUCCCACUCCAUGCGUGUCCUAUCCAACAGCCACGGUGCGUCGCAAGACUUCCACCCGCUGUACAAAGCUGUGAAGAUCAACAGCAAUGGGGUGGUCGGACGAUCAGCAUCGAUGCAUACCAAUCUUCCGCACUCCGGUAGUGUACGGUGUGAAUCUAGCCUUUAGUACGCAAUGAAGUGCUGGACCUCGACGCUAUUUAAAUUAUGUUCAAGGAAUAGCAUGUGAAGAUAAUGUAGGUAUUGCGUGCAUACCAUUGAGAGUUUAGGCUGUUAUAUGUUCGCUGGCUGGUUCAGUUUUCAUCAAGUGUUGAUCAUUCGAUGCGUCUGGAGGGUUUCAAUGGCAGUACGUAUGUAUGUGUGUGUGUGUGUGUGUGUGUGUGUGUGUGUGUGUGUGUUUGUGUGUGUGUGUGUGUGUAUGCGUCUUUUCCCAUCCGUCCUAUAACAAGUGUCACGUUGAGUCUAAAGUCAGAAGCCACUGCGGUGUGAGUAUUUAUUUUUCCUGACUUUAAAAUUUUCUUUGACCUGUCCUAUCUGGUGUUUCAAAUCACGGACUAACGUUAAUCAUCUGAGUACAAACUUUUUUUUCUUUUCGAGAAUCAGGCGUUGAUACUUGAGAUUUUCACAGCAGCUCAUAACUGGGAGUAGCGAAAUGCUGAUCAAACACUACUCCUCUGGUUCAUUAAUUCUUUCUAAGAAUGUGUUCUUGUUGGGUGUCGAACAAUUCUUUUGACGUCUAGUUCUCUUGCCGCAUGCUCCGCUGCUGUACUUUAAAAUCGUAAUUAUAUAUUUUAAAUAUAUUGCACCGGUACUUAAUUUAUCACAGGCACAAUUUUUGCCACAACCGGAAAGAUUUGAAAAGAAAGACUUUUUCAGAUA